AUGGCGUCCACGUCCGACAGAAACACCGACUAUCUUCGAUUCCUUCAACAAUUUUACAUCAAUUUAAUUGAAACCCAUCAGAUCCAGAUGAAUAUUUCCGAACGACAAUUCCUCGCCGAUCGCGGCAACAUGAGAGCGUAUCGCGAGUGGACCGGAAACAAAAUGAAGAUCUGCGAUCUUUACACAAGUUGGCUUGUCGAAUUAAACAAAUGCGCGACAUCGACGUUCGAUGAUGUCGCGAGAACAAUGCACGCGAUGAUGACAGCCGAUUGCUACUGGUUCUUGGCAAAAUUGAACAAGCCUCCAUUCUCUCCGCGAUGCUCUAAUUAUUCGAAAGCAUGUGAAAAUCUUGAGCACGUGUUCACAAUCCUCAACGAAUCUCUCAACAUCUCAAAUCCUUUCUAUCAGCACGUUUUGGCAAAAUACGAGAAACUCGUGAAUGACUAUAGAAUGGCGAUUGGCGAAGGAACUCUUUCCGGCACUUCCAAGCAUGUGCCUUUAAACAUGACAGCGUGGGAUAUCUCAAAAUGCAAGGAAGCUUCGCGAACGCUGAAGAAUUUAAAGGAGCGUUCUCGCGGACGGCACGAGUCGAAAAAAUCCGGAAUUUCCACACAAAUUCUACAGUUAUCACGAUUAAUGCUGAGCACAUUAGUCUGA